UACACCCGGGUCUGGAUCCCUGACCCCUCUGAGGUGUGGAAAGCUGCAGAGAUCAUCAGAGACUUCAAGGAGGGAGAACCGGAGCUGCUGCUGAGACUGGAGGAUGACACGACGCUGGCCUACCCGGUGGGUCCGAAGGGGAAGCCCCUCCCCUUCCUGCGUAACCCAGACAUCCUGGUGGGGGAGAACGACCUGACGGCGCUGAGCUACCUUCAUGAACCUGCAGUGCUGCACAACCUGAGGGUCCGCUUCCUGGAGCCCAACCACAUCUACACCUACUGCGGCAUCGUGCUGGUGGCCAUCAACCCGUAUGACCAGCUCCAUAUCUACGGAGAGGAAGUGAUCCGGGCUUACAGCGGCCAGAACAUGGGGGACAUGGACCCCCAUAUCUUCGCUGUGGCUGAGGAGGCCUACAAGCAGAUGGGCAG